AUGACACAGCUCUACCAACAUAUCCUGGCAUUAGUAUUUGCUGUAAAAGAGAUCAAUGCAAACCUCCAAAUCUUACCCAACCUCACCCUGGGCUUCCACAUCUAUAACAGCCAUUUCAGUGCAAGCUGGACCUAUCGUGCCUCCUUGGAACUCCUCUCUUCAUACAGCAGAUUCAUCCCCAACUACAAAUGUGACACCCAGAAUGAACUAGCAGCAGUCAUUGGAGGUCCGAACUCUGAUUUUUGUCUUCAUAUGGCAAGUAUACUGAGCAACUACAAGAUUCCACAGCUCAUCUAUGGUCCUGCUCCAAUGAGAAAUAUUAAAACUGAAGUUGCUUUCCUUAACCAAAUGUUCCCAAGUAUAGACCAUCAAUAUGAAGGGAUUAUCAAGUUACUGCUACACUUCGGAUGGCUCUGGACUGGCGUGUUGAUUGUGAAUGAUGAGAAUGGAGAGAGGUUUCUACAGAGCGUGGUUCCAAAAUUUAUUCUGAGAGGUAUCUGCUUUGAUUUCAUAGGAAGAUUUCCAUCAAUUUCUUAUUCUACUGGUCUUAUGGACUCUGUUGCAGAUGGGCUCAAGACAUUUAAUGUUGCCAUGAGAAGUACUGUUAAUGUGUUGAUCAUUCAUGGGGAAAUUGAUUCCAUGACACUUUUGAGAAUGUUUCCUGCUGUGUCAGAAUAUGAAGAUAUACCAAUAAAGGCUAAAGGGAAAGUUUGGGUUAUGACAGUUCAGAUGGAUUUCACAUCACUUCCCUUUCAGAGAGAUCAGGACAUAGACUUCCUCCAUGGUACUCUAUCCUUCACAAUUCACUCAGAGGAGGUCUUGGGAUUCCAGGAAUUUGUUCAGAUGAGAAAUCCCAUCUUGGAAAAAGAAGAUGGCUUUAUGAGGAUAUACUGGGAAAAGGCAUUUCAGUGUCAUUUCCCUGACUCUGAGGGAAAUACGCAGGAUGGUGAUAUAUGCACUGGGGAGGAGAAGCUGGAGACUCUUCCUGGCUUUAUUUUUCCAACAAGCAUGACUGGCCACAGCUAUAGCAUCUACAAUGCAGUCUAUGCUGUGGCACACGCUGUGCAUGCCAUGCAGUCAUCUAAGUUGAAGCCCAGAGUGGAUGAAGGGCGGCUGAAGCUUUGGAAUCAACAGAUGUGGAAGGCACUACCCAUUUCUCUUUGUAAUGACCAUUGCCAUUUGGGUUACAGUAGAACCAAGAAGGAAGGGAGGCCAUUUUGCUGCUAUGAUUGCCUUGCCUGUCCAGAAGGGAAGUUCUCAAACCAGAAGGACAUGGAUGACUGUUUGCAAUGUCCAGAAGAUCAGUAUCCAAACAAUGCCCAUAAUGCAUGCAUUCCAAAAUUCAUAAUCUUCCUCACUUUUGGUGAACCUUUGGGAAUCUCUUUGGCAGUAUUGGCUCUUUCCUUUUCAUUUAUUACAGCUUCAGUGCUUGGCAUCUUUGUUAAGCUUAAGGACACUCCCAUUGUCAAGGCCAACAACCGGAAUCUCACCUACACUCUUCUCAUAUUCCUCCUGCUCUCCUUCCUUUGUGCUUUGCUGUUCAUUGGCCAACCCCAAAAGCUGACGUGUCAUCUUCGACAAAGUGCUUUCGGCAUUAUCUUCUCAGGAGCGAUAUCUUGUGUUCUGGCCAAAACCACCAUUGUAGUCCUAGCUUUCAUGGCCACCAUGCCUGGAUCCAAAAUGAGGAAAUGGUUGGGGAACAGACUGGCUGCUUCAAUUGUUCUUUCCUGCUCCCUGAUUCAAGCCACUAUUUGUACUGUGUGGCUCUCAACCUCUCCCCCGUUCCCAGAUUUCAACAUGCACUCAGUUAUGAAAGAAAUUGUUCAAGAAUGUAAUGAGGGCUCAGUCACCAUGUUCUACUGUGUUUUGAGCUACAUGGGCUUCCUGGCCACUGUCAGCUUCACUGCGGCUUUCCUAGCCCGUAAGUUGCCUGAUAGUUUCAAUGAAGCCAAAUUUAUCACCUUUAGCAUGUUGGUCUUUUGCAGUGUUUGGCUGACCUUUGUCCCAACCUACCAGAGCACCAAGGGUAAAUAUAUGGUUGCCGUGGAGAUUUUCUCCAUCUUGGCCUCCAGUGCUGGCUUACUGCUUUGUGUCUUUUCUCCAAAGCUCUGCAUCAUUGUGUUCAGACCAGAGUUGAACAACAAGGAACAGCUAAGAAGAAACAUUGAAAUAUUCUAA